CGUGUCCAGUCGACGAUGCGUCUCCGAAGAAACUCUGGCUCUACUCCAGGUCCAGUACAUAAGCUGCGAAGCUCAACUACGACAAUCACAUUCCACGAACUUCCGGCCUGGGCUCAAGACAACGAGUGGAUUGUCGGUGGCUAUCGCAGAAUCCAGAAUCGGUGGACCGGCUGUAUGAUAUCGGUUUUCGGAUACUUGCAUAACGAGACGGGCAAAAAAUCAGACAAUGCGCUAGUGAAUAUCCAUACUCACCUCGCCGGAGCUUUACUUUUCGUCUACUUCCUGGCCACUUUCCAAGAGGUUCAUUUGAAACAAUACCCGACCACCUGGAUGGACUCGCUCAUGCUCGGAAUAUUUCUUGCCUCGGCAAUAUUUUGCCUCUCAAUUAGCGCGACGUUUCAUACCGCUGCUUGUCAUUCUAAGGAGGUAUCCGCCCAGUGCCUUGCUCUCGAUUACUCUGGUAUAGUCUUCCUCACAGUUGGCUCAUUCUACCCAGCCGUACAUUUUGGUUUCUUUUGCUAUCCUCGUGUCAAGGCUUUCUACUUGCUCUUAUUAACCGCUAUCGGAAUGGGUGCUGCUUAUAUCGUCCUCAAUCCGCAAUAUUCUCGACCAACCCACAGAGGCGCGAGGACAGCAGUAUUCAUAGGGCUAGGUCUUUCUGGCGUCAUCCCAGCAUUGCAUGGCGUCCUGCACGAAGGCUUGUAUUCGAUUUUGGUGGAGCAUGGCGUGAGAUGGAUUCUGUUGUCCGGUGCUUUGUACAUCGGAGGGGGUUUGCUCUAUGCGAAUCGGAUUCCUGAGCGUUGGGCCCCAGGAAGAUUCGAUUACUUCUUCGCGUCGCACCAAAUCUUCCAUGUUUGUGUGGUGCUAGCGGUUUGCUCCCAUUAUAACGGGGUCUUGACGGGGUUAAGGCAUUCAUACUCUGAUCCUGAUGUCUGUGCAAAUGCUGUCAGUGCUAUAUAG